AUGCCUAAAAAUCCGCUGAAAAAGCAGUAUUGGACUGAAGUUAUCGAUGGCUUCCACAGUCCCGACAGAACAGACAGUGCCAAUGACAGAAGCUCAAGCCCAGACAACUUUGAGUUGAGUUCUGUCAACUCACCAGUACGAGUGAACGUCAGCUCUAGUGGUAAUGAUGAUAUACUGAAAGGAGAUACAAAGGAGUACCCUCGUGAUGUCAAAGCGACACCUGAAGCUGCAUCAUAUGUCGAGGAUAUUAACAACACUAACUUGAACAAAGACCUGAGUGUGCGUCACUUGCUGACACUUGCUGUUGGUGGUGCCAUUGGUACAGGUUUGUUCGUCAACUCCGGUGCUUCUCUUACAACUGGUGGGCCUGCAUCUCUAGUCAUCGGCUGGGUCAUUGUUUCUACUUGUCUGUUUACAGUUAUCAACUCUUUGGGUGAACUGGCGGCUGCAUUCCCAGUUGUUGGUGGUUUCAACGUCUACAUCACCAGAUUCAUAGAACCAUCGUUCGCAUUUGCCAUCAAUCUAAACUACUUGGCCCAAUGGUUAGUGUUACUGCCUCUAGAACUGGUGGCUGCAUCCAUUACUAUUAGAUAUUGGAAUGACAAGAUCAACUCUGACGCCUGGGUUGCCAUCUUCUACACUGCUAUCGCCCUUGCAAACAUGCUUGACGUGAAAUCCUUUGGUGAGACCGAAUUCAUUCUAUCCAUGGUCAAGAUCCUAGCUAUCAUCGGUUUUGGUAUCCUGGGUAUCGUAUUGACCUGUGGUGGUGGUCCACACGGUGGAUACAUUGGUGGUAAGUACUGGCAUAACCCUGGUGCCUUUGUUGGCCACAGCGCUGGCUCUCAGUUUAAGGGUCUAUGUUCCGUCUUCGUUACCGCUGCAUUCUCAUAUUCCGGUAUUGAAAUGACAGCCGUCUCUGCUGCUGAAAGUAGAAACCCUAAGGAGACUAUCCCAAAGGCCGCUAAGAGGACUUUCUGGUUGAUCACAGUAUCCUAUGUUGGUAUUUUGACUCUAAUUGGCUGUUUGGUCCCAUACAACGAUCCAAGACUGCUAAACGGUAGCAGUUCCGUCGAUGCCGCCGCUUCACCAUUAGUCAUCGCAAUUGAGAACGGUGGUAUCAAGGGUCUUCCUUCUUUGAUGAAUGCCAUUAUCUUGAUCGCCAUCGUCAGUGUCGCCAAUAGUGCUGUCUACGCUUGUUCUCGUUGUAUGGUUUCCAUGGCUCACAUUGGCAACUUACCAAAAUUCUUGAGUAAAGUUGACAAGCGUGGUAGACCAUUGAACGCUAUUCUAUUGACCUUGUUUUUCGGUCUACUGUCCUUCAUUGCUGCGAGUGACAAGCAAGAAGAAGUAUUCACUUGGUUGAGUGCUCUAUCCGGUUUGUCUACUAUUUUCUGCUGGAUGGCCAUCAACUUGUCGCUAAUUAGAUUCAGGGAUGCCAUGAAGGCUCAAGGUAGAUCUCUAGACGAGAUGCCAUUCCUUUCACAAUCAGGUACUUGGGGUGCAUGGUAUGGUGUCAUCGUGCUAUUCUUGGUUCUAGUAGCAUCGUUUUGGACCUCGCUAUUCCCAGUGGGUUCCUCCACCGCAAGUGCAAAAUCAUUUUUCGAAGGCUAUCUAUCUCUACCUAUCCUAAUUGCGUGCUACGUAGGACACAAGCUAUGGAAGAGAGACUGGAGAUUACUAGUGCCACUAAUGGAAAUGGACUUAGAUUCCGGUAGAAGAGUGCUAGACGCAGAGACCAGAGAGGAAGAGUUGCGUGUAGAGAGAGAAUACUUGGCCAAUGCCUCUUUCUUUACCCGUUUCUUGCACAUCUGGUGUUAA